AGCAAGAAUGAGAAACCACAGCAGCAGCGGCAGCGGCAACGGCGGCGGCGGCGGCGGCGGCGGCAACAGCGGCGGCGGCGGCGGCGGCAGCAGCAGCAGCUCCGGCGGCAGCAGCAGUUCCAGCAGCAGCAGCAGAAGCAGCAGCAGCAGCAGCAGCGCAGUUUCCCCUCUCCCCAGCCCUGACUCUACGCGCACAUGCGCACUGCGCCCACAGCCCUGGACCAUUUGUCAGGACUACUCGUGAGACGGAGAAAAAAAAAGAGAAAAUUUGGGGGAAGAAAAAGAGAAGAAAGAAUACUGAAGAGAUCAGUCGUUCCUAACAGCAGAACUGAAAUCAGCAUAUAGUAUAUGCAUCAUGAAUGAACCUGCCUCUAGCACAAGUGGCCAAGAGUUUGAUGUAUUCAGUGUCAUGGACUGGAAAGAUGGAGUAGGUACUCUGCCAGGAAGUGAUUUAAAGUUUCGGGUAAAUGAGUUUGGAGCCUUGGAAGUUAUUACAGAUGAGACUGAGAUAGAAAGUGUUAAAAAAGCUACUGCUACCACAACAUGGAUGGUUCCUACUGCACAAGAAGUUUUUUCUGAGAAGACAGGAGUCCCUUUCCGGUUGAAGGAAACUAUGAAAGUAGAAGGACUUCAGUUCUGUGAAAACUGUUAUCAGUAUGGCACUGUAGAUGAGUUUCUUUCUGGAGGAAAAUUUUGUAGCCAGAAAUGUGCACGUCAGAACAAAGACAACAGAGAACAGAAGGAAGAAAAAGAUGUAGGUGAAGAUAAUGAAGAAGAUGACUCUAAGUGUAGUCGGAAGAGAAAAGCAAAAUUACCUCUCAGAGUAGAGCCCAAGGAAGAUGGAGAGGAAAGAGAAGAUGAAAAUAGAUACAGUUUUUCCUCUGAAGACUGCUUUAGCCGCAUCCCAGAAAUUUUGGAAAACAAGCAUGAUGGCAGAAUCCUGAGGGGCUCUCAGAGAGCCCGAAGAAAAAGACGAAAUGAUUCCACCGUUUUAAAACAGAGUUUACCUCCUAAAGGAAAGAAAGCAUGGUGUUGGGCUUCCUAUUUGGAGGAAGAAAAAGCUAUUGCAGUGCCAACUAAGCUUUUUAAAGAGUACCAAUCCUUUCCCUAUAACAAAAAUGGAUUCAAAGUCGGAAUGAAGUUAGAAGGUGUGGAUCCGGAACAUCAGUCAAUGUAUUGUGUUCUUACUGUUGCUGAGGUUUGUGGCUAUAGGAUAAAGCUUCAUUUUGAUGGCUAUCCUGAUUGUUAUGACUUCUGGGUAAAUGCAGAUGCUUUAGACAUUCAUCCAGUUGGAUGGUGUGAAAAAACUGGCCACAAGCUUCAUCCACCAAAAGGGUAUAAAGAAGAGGAGUUCAAUUGGCAGACAUACCUUAAGACAUGUAAAGCACAAGCUGCUCCAAAGUCCUUAUUUGAAAAUCAAAAUACUACAGUGAUCCCAUCAGGUUUUCGUGUGGGAAUGAAACUUGAAGCUGUAGACAAAAAGAAUCCUGCAUUCAUCUGUGUUGCUACAGUAACAGAUAUGGUGGACAAUCGGUUUCUGGUGCAUUUUGACAAUUGGGAUGAGAGCUAUGAUUAUUGGUGUGAAGCAGCAAGUCCACAUAUUCAUCCAGUGGGUUGGUGUAAAGAACACAGAAGAACCCUUAUCACUCCACCAGAUUACCCAAAUGUGAAACAUUUUUCCUGGGACAAAUACUUGGAAGAAACCAAUUCUUUGCCUGCUCCUGCUAGAGCCUUUAAAGUCAAACCAGCACAUGGAUUCCAGAAAAAAAUGAAAUUCGAAAUUGUAGAUAAAAGAAAUCCUGUGUUUGUUAGAGUAGCAACUGUUACAGAUACUGAUGAGCACAGAAUAAAAGUCCACUUUGAUGGCUGGAGUAAUAGCUAUGACUACUGGAUUGAAGCAGAUUCUCCUGACAUCCAUCCAGUGGGUUGGUGUGCGAAAACAGGACAUCCUCUUCAGCCUCCUCUUAGUCCUCUGGAGUUGGUGGAAGCUUCUGAGCAAGGAGGAUGCCCAACUGCUGGAUGCAAAGGAAUUGGCCAUAUAAAGAGAGCUAGACACCCAGGCUCCCAUAGUGCUAUCAAUUGCCCUUAUUCAGAAAUUAAUUUGAACAAAGAUCGUAUCCUCCCAGAUCGUUUAAGUGGUGAGAUGUCUCCAGCUAGCCCAUCAUUAACAAGGAAUAAAAAGGCAGAAAUAAAUGAACGCUCCUCAUCUCCUGAAAUCAAAAAAUAUCCUAGUCCUGAUCACACUGACUCCAAAUCGUUGAUUCAGAAUCGAUCAUCUGGAAAAUCUGUACCCGAGAAAAACGUACAGGAUGAUAUGGAAGGUAAACCUCCUUACAAGAAGCCGCUGUUGUAUGAUGAUAACGAAAAGAAGCCAUCUAGAGAACAGCAAAUUGAAGAGAAGCCUAUCAAGGAAGAAUGUGAAGAAGGAAUAAAAAGUGAAGUGAGAACUCCAAAUCAAACCAAAGGUAUAGGAGCAGAGCCAAGUUCGCAGCAGGCUCAGCGUCGGUCAGCUGUCUUCCUCUCCUUUAAGUCACCAAUUCCAUGUCUGCCUCUGCGAUGGGAACAGCAAAGCAAACUUCUUCCAACUGUGGCUGGAAUUCCUGCCAGUAAAGUUUCCAAGUGGAGCACAGAUGAGGUGUCAGAGUUUAUACAGAGCUUACCUGGGUGUGAAGAACAUGGCAAGGUGUUUAAGGAUGAGCAAAUUGAUGGAGAAGCAUUUCUUCUUAUGACACAAACAGACAUUGUUAAAAUUAUGAGCAUUAAGCUGGGACCAGCUCUAAAAAUCUUCAACUCCAUCCUGAUGUUCAAAGCUGCGGAGAAGAAUUCACAUAAUGAACUCUGAGGACAGUGAAAGUCAUGUUUCAUCCCUUUUCUGCUUUAAAGCUCAUGUCUUAUUCAAAGCACAAGGACUGUUGUAGCUGUUAAGUAAGAAUUCUUCAAAAGUCAAAAAGCAGUGCUGCCAGAUUAUUUAUAUUCAUUGAGAGACAAUAUACAUGAAUUAUUAUGGAAGUGCUUGGGUUUUUAUUAAGGUACUGUAACAAAUAUCAUCUUUUAGUUCUAUUCAUUGAGCUAAAUUUACCUUUGUAAACCUUUUUGAAGCUUCAGAAAGAAAAAAACAGCAUUGUUGAUUAUUUAUGGUAUGGUAAGAUUGGGGGGAGGGAGGGAUUAUGAACUUUCUGCAUUUUGUAAACAUCGUUGGAUUAUCUUUCACGUACACUGUUUCUUUUUCAAUAUUUGCAGAAACCUUUUUAUACAAUCAAAAUAAAAUGAACUUUAAACCCAGUUAGCCAAAAUCUGGCUACCAGUUUAGCCAGUUGGGACUGUUAUAACUAUUGUUAAUUUUGUGCCAUAUUUUGAAUUGCAACAUUUAUGCUGAGUAUAACUUUGCAAGUCAUGAAAUUGCCUACUUGCUUGUAAUAAUUAAUUGGGGCUGAACAGUUGUAAAAAUUAAUUUUUUAAGUAAAUCAGUGUUUUUACUUUUGCACGACUUAUGAAAUGUUAAGCAAAUUACUUUUCACCAGCGUCUUUACUGUAUUUACCAAAAGACCAGUAUAUAAAAGACUGAAAUUGGAAAAAAAAAUAAAACUUUACCUAAUGUAUUUGAAUGGCAUCAAUCUAAUACUCCACUCUAAUACCCCAGGGGUGUGUAGGAGUCAACAGUUAUCAAAGAAUAAAUGAAAUUCUAGUAUGGGGACCGUUUUUAAAAGGAUCUUAAUUUUUUCAUGAGACUUUUAAGUGCUUCUCUAAGAGUCCUUGAUAUAACCGUGGUGUUAAAGGAGAUGAAGGUCUCAGUGCUUAGGGAGGGAUAUGCCAUCCUUUGAAACAAUCUAUAUAUCUCCCUUCUUUCAACAGUCCUCCAUAUGAAGAGGAUGCCUUUGAAGAGAGAGAGAGAGACAGAGACAGAGACAGAGACAGAGAGAGAGAGAGAGAGAGAGACAGAGAGAACUGAUAGAUUUUUCUAAAAAGGGAAGGCAUAUGGGAGAAACAUUGAUAGAGUCACCAACUGGACACGUUCAUGGAUCAAGGUGAAUUCCCAAAGCAGUUAUUUGGGUACAUGUAUAAAAAUCCUUCUUUUUGGAAGGACUGCUUUUUUCUACAAAACUCUUUGCCAGGUGUUAAGACAUUGCACUCAAUAUAUAAUGGUACCAAACAGAUGCACUUUAAGUGAGAAUACUCAACUACCUAUAAACUGAGAGCUGGUGUAGUAUUUUAUUUUAUGGGAAUGCACUUUGCAGGAAGAGGAUGAACAGCUUCAUCAACUUUCCACUGCAGUUUCUAAUUCCUUGGAAUGAAAAAUUGUUCAAAGUACAUUUUCAUUUGAGAUACAAAGUAGCUUUGUAGCAUGCUGUCUUAACUCUGGGGAACUUCUACCUCUCUCCUUAGUUGGUCUCAUAUUUUCUAGUGUAGGAUUUUCUUUGAUAUCCUCCAGCUCUGCUAAUAUAGUAUUUCCUUUGAUGACUUCUGAGGGGGUCUCUUAGCAGCCCUUUUCAUCUGCCAUAAUACAAGGUAAAACAGGGUCAGUGAAAUAGCCUGCAGUACCCCAUUCAUUUCCUUGCAUGAAUUUGCAUUAAUGACUUUUUAAAAACAUUUUGUUCACAAUUUGUACAUUCAGAUUACACUUGUUAUAUCUUCUGACAUGAAAUAAAAUCUGAAUUGGA